AGACAGCGAGUUGUGUCUCAAUUCAACGUUGUCCGCACAAGCUUGAUCGAUAACAACACCACACCAUUGCAAGUUGGCAAUGGCAACUUCGCCUUCAACGUCGAUAACACGGGCAUGCAGACUUUCUUGCCCUUCAAUACACUGUCAAGCUGGGCUUGGCACAACGAUUCGCUUCCAACCAAUGGGUUUAAGCUAAGCGAUUACACCGGCGUUCCCAUGCUGACACACGGCCGAAACGUUUCCUACGAUAUUCCCGACUCCAAGCUCCCGCAAGUCUCGCAAUGGCUUAUUGGGAAUCCUAAUCGAAUCAAUCUGGGCCGAAUCGGUUUGAAAUACAAGGGAGAAACACUGUCUGCAGCGGCCAUCGCAGACCCAAGACAAGAGCUAGAUCUGUGGAGCGGUAUCAUCACCUCAACUUUCAAAGUCGACGGUAACGCCGUCAAGGUGGUCACACAAGGCGACUUCGCAACCGAUGCCGUCACAUUCCAAGUCGACUCGGACCUCGUGUUGUCCGGCGAUUUGAACAUCGAGCUCGACCUCCCGUACCCACCGAUUCACACGACAAAGUACAAGUACGAAGUCUUUGCCGGCGUGUAUGACUUCCCCUUGAACCACACGACUCGAAUCAUCAAUAGUUGCGGACGAUCCGACCUGGCGCACAUCUACCACGACUUACAGGAGACGAGCUACUUUGUCAACCUGCGCUGGCCUCAUGAAGCGCCUCUUAACCUCUCGCGGGAUGAACCAGAGGGCUCUGACAAGAUCAAUGCUCAUCGAUACACGCUUGCUCUUGUUGGUGGUACUAACCAGACUUCGACUUCUUUGACCUUCACCGCAGACUUUUCACCUCAGAAGCAGGAUCCCAGACCACCAGCUGAUGUCCAAGAGGAAAGCAUCGCUGAAUGGCACGACUACUGGAAUGAGGGCGGCUUCGUCGACCUGACCUUGUCAUCGAACCCUAAUGCCACAGAAUUGCAGAGACGCAUCGUUCUAUCGCAGUAUCAUGUCCGAGUCAAUAGCGCGGCAUCCGGUCAAUCGCCUCAGGAGAGUGGGCUGAUGAAUAAUGGGUGGUACGGUAAAUUCCACAUGGAAAUGGUCAUUUGGCACAAUGCCCACUGGGUUACAUGGGGGCGAAAGAAGUAUUUCGACAACAUAUUCCCGGAGAUCUACGAAACGCUACUCCCAUCUUCCCUCGCAAGAGCGAAAUUACAAGGGUGGGAGGGGGCCAGGUGGCCCAAAAUGACGGAGCUAGAAACGGGUGUCAGUUCACCUGGUGGAAUCAAUGGUCUCUUACUAUGGCAACAGCCUCACCCCAUGUAUCUCGCAGAACUUGCGUAUCAAUCUUCACCGAGCGAUGACACCCUCAAGCAAUGGGAUGCAGUCUUGACGGCGACUGCCGACUAUAUGGCGUCGUACGCGUGGAAGAAUGAAAGCUCGGGACACUAUGACUUGGGUCCACCGUUAGGUCAUACAAUCCCCGAAAAGUGGACAGAAGUAGCCGAAAACCUCGCCCCGCCACCACAAGUCGACGGUCUAUACGCGGUAUAUGAGGGGUUAAACAGCACAUGGUGGCAAGACCCAGCUCUCAACGGGGACCCGCGCAGUCUUAUCAUGAUGCAGGGAAUACUGCCAGACACCCCAGCCGUAGACCCCGACGUCGCGCUCAAGACGGCGGACAAGGUGUGGGAGGUGUGGACGGACCAGAAGAUCCGCGGCUGGGGACGGCCGGUGCUGGCUAUCAACUCGGCGAGGAUCGGGAAUCCGGAGAGGGCUAUUCAUCACCUGACGGCGUAUGACUAUUGGAAGUUUGACGAUGCUGGAUAUGCUAUUCGUGGUGGAGAUGGCGGCACGCCUCCCCCUUUCAUGCCCGGAAAUGCUGGGUUCCUAUAUGCAGUCGCAUAUAUGGCUGGUGGCUGGCAAGGGUCAAAAGGCGACGCACCUGGCUUCCCUCAAGGAGCCGGAUGGGUUGUCAAGCAGGAGGGGCUUCAAAAGGCACCCUGA